AUGACUCUGCACAAUGACAGGCCUGGACAUUUUCCGGGGAAGGGCCGUUUGGAACGGAAGAGACCAAAUCGGGAAAUACAGAGGUAAACAAAGAAAGGCAAAAGGCCGGACCCAGGACAUUAACCCGAAAACGGAGUCACCACCGCCUGCUGAACUGGCUGAAACUUGGGCCCAAGCGACACACACGUUCUGGGCUCCUUCCCGCUAUGUCACCGUCGCGUCACUCCACGGCCUCCCUCCCGAAGGAAGGCACUUGCCGCCUGACGCAUGCCCCUUAGAUAGCGGCCGCCUCCAUUUUGUCCUGGGUCUCCUCCGCGGGAGCGGCGAGCUAUUUUUAACGUUCUAAAUCUGAGGGCCGGAGGGGGAGGGGCGUGGGCUUGCCCGCCGGGCGCUUGGAGAUCGCCGCGAGGGACUGAGGCUGGGGAUGCAGGUUGUCAAGGUCACCAAAGCCAGGACAAAGGACACGUAGGGGACAAGGCCCGCGGAAACAGCGCCAGGCGACUUCCGGCAAUGCGGGGACCGUCAAGCCCGGACUCCCGCCCUCUCGGAGGACAAAGCAGCGCCGGACGCGCGGUCCGGGCUCCGCCCUCGGCGCGCGCCCGGCGCCCAGCACGGGAACGCGCACAACGGUUGGAAAUGGCGGUUAAGGUGGAGGAGGGGCUGAAGGGAAGCGAAGUUUCUCGAUGCUCCUUGUCUCGGGCCGCCCCGCCUGCGAGACAGGAGCUGGUGGCGCUUCUCUAGGUUGUCUCCUCUUGUGUUCCAUUCCUGAUGGUCUGUUGCGGGGUUGGAAAAACAGUGUGGUUGGUUCCAAGGAACAAAAGAGGGGGCCACGGCGGGCUUCCGGACAGCCCCAGGAUCGCUCCCUAAGAUGGCCGCCGCCGCGAGGGAGGGUGGGCGGAGCCCGUACUGCUUCCGUCGCGGGCCUGGGCGGGGCGGUAGCGACUACUUGCACCCAUGGCUGACGCCUCGGAGCCCCACGAGCCGGAGAAAAAGCCCUUCAAGCUCCUAGGUAUUUUAGAUGUUGAGAACACUCCAUGCGCUCGAGAAUCUAUACUGUAUGGCUCACUAGGAUCUAUUGUGACUGGACUUGGACAUUUCUUGGUGACCAGCAGAAUUAGAAGAUCCUGUGAUGUUGGAGUAGGAGGAUUUAUCCUGGUGACUUUAGGAUGCUGGUUCCACUGUAGGUAUAAUUUUGCUAAGCAGAGGAUCCAGGAAAGAAUUGCCAGAGAAGGAAUAAAAAACAAGAUUUUAUAUGAAAGCACCCACCUUGAUCCUGAAAGAAAAACGAAGAGCAGUAACAGCAGCUAAGCGACUUCAUCAGCUUUAAACCCACAACUAUGCUUCCUUGUGAAUCAACCAUAAAUUAAACUCAAGUGUGUCAACUGUAUUGUUACCUACAUGAAAUCCUUUUGUUUACUGCCAGUAAGUUAUGUCUGUCAUGUAUCACAGAACUGCCAUGUCAAACACAUGGGAGUCAGGGUCCUGAUCUUCCUAAGGUGUCAGGUUCAUUAUCUGUUCACAAAGUACAUCAGAUUGAAGGAGAAAUCACACCUGAGCAGGGAUAUGUAUCUAUUACUGGCCUAGGACUUUGUCUAUUGAAGCUUCCAACAGGAAAGACUGUCAACGAUGGACACUAAGAAGCUUUGCAUCUGGUAGCCCUACUAUUUCAUCCUUGAUAAAGUUGAGUUUAUAGUAGGUCAAUCAAGUAUUUUAACAAGCUGUGGACAGUGCACUUAUGCUCUCAGCCAUUGUCACUGUGAAAAACCAGAGACUGGAAUUCUGCCAGCUUUACCAUGGUGCAGUUAUAUCUUACCAUGAAAGAGACCUCUCUUGGCUGGUAACAUCUUCACUACUUACAAAGUUCAUUUUCACAGCAGCACAACUGGAUAAAAAGAGUCACAAAGCAUUUAGUUUCCUUGACUUGCCUGAAACAUGCCAUUUUAAAGAUCUAUAAUCCCAUGACCACUGAUCCCUUUAAUAUUAUACUGACCAUUUCCCUACCUCAGUAUUCCAAUGUUGGGAUUACAGGUGUGAACUACCAUGUCUCUAGCUUAACUCAACCUUUCAUCCCAUCCUCACAACUAGGCUGAGCCUCCUGAACACCAGAAAUGUUUAAUAACUACAUUUUCCUUAGAAACUUCUGGUGUUUUAUCUUCUGUAGAUGACUUCUGGUCACUGCCCAUGUAACACACAAACCCUGCAUCUCACAAAAGGCCAGGCACAAUUGCAUUCCAUAGCUAUCUAUAUGCUACUAGGUAAAUUCUAAGACAAUGUGCCCACCCAACCCACACUUUUACACUGAAAAAUUUAAAUUCAACCUACCUUCUUUGCCCUCUGUGCAGUUUCCUUCAUUGUCCCGAUAAUCCCGAAAUGUCAUACUAGGUGAUAUAGCAGUAGGUACCAGCCAAAAGCUGAUUAAAAUAGAAUCGUAGUGUUAGUUGUGACGUUUUGGGAUAGCUUAUCUACCAUUCCUAGGCUUUAAUUCCUUCCCCCCCCCUCAGCCCCUCCCUCUUCGAUUCCUUGUUUUUUCGUCUUAGUAAAAGGACCUGGGGAUUUAAUAGGAACAGCUUUUUUUCUGGACUUGUGACUUAUUGACUGAGCUUGGCCACAAUUAAAACUCAACUAUGCUAAAACCA